CCGGCAAGAAAAAGGUCACCAAAGCUGAGCGACUGCGGCUGCUGCAGGAGGAGGAGGAGAGACGCCUGAAGGAGGAAGAGGAGGCUCGACUGAAAUUUGAAAAAGAAGAACAGGAAAGGCUAGAAAUACAGAGGCUCGAGAAAGAGAAAUGGCAUCUACUGGAAAAGAAAGACCUAGAGAGGAGAAACGAAGAACUUGAAGAACUUUCUUUGCUAGAGGGCUGUUUUCCUGAAGCAGAGAAGCUAAAACGGGAAACCAGAGCGCUGGCCCAGUGGAAACACUACAUCCAGUGUGACGGAAGCCCCGACCCUUCGAUUCCUCAGGAAAUGAACACUUUCCUUAGCUUGUGGGAAGAGGAGACGAAUGAGACCUUCGAGCAAGUGAUUGAGAAGAGUAAGCUGGUGCUGACUUUGAUCGAGAAGCUGAAGCUAAUUUUACUGGAAACUCCAUCGUGUGACCUGGAAGCCAGAACUGUGGCACAGCACCAAGAGUCGAUCCUGCGCCUGCAGGAGCUCCUCAGCCUCAAGGUGGACAUGGCCACGGAACUGCUUCUCCGAGAAGCUAGUACCUUAGCAGAUUUGGACAGUGGGAACAUGGAAAAAAUCAUCCAAGAUGAGAAUGUGUCCCUGUAUGUGUGGGCAAACCUAAAGAAGAAUCCCAGGUAUCGAAGUGUGAAAUUCUCUGAAACACAAAUUGGAUUUGAAAUCCCGAGGGUACUGGCUACAAGUGACGUCGCCCUUCGGCUCCUACACACGCGCUAUGACCAUGUCACCCCCCUGUACCCCAUGGCUGCCCCUGGAGAGGAGCCGGUCCCCAUGGUAACGGAACAGGCCAAGAAGGAGGAGCCUGUAGAAAAGGCCGCCACUGAAGAAAAGGCCCUCCCCGAGGAAAAGCCGGCCAUCCAAGAAGAUGAGGCAGAGCCCACGCAAGAGAGAGAGUUUAGCUUGGCCCAAGAGGAGGAGACCAACGUGGAGGCCCUGGAGGACUUGGAAGUAGAAAGGACUCCCGACCAUGAGGAUGAAAACUUGGAAGUCACCAAAUGCGAACUGGAGAUGCAGCUGCUAAGUGAAGCUGUCUCAGCAGCACAGCUACACCUGGUGGAGAACUCUUUGGAGAUCCCAGAAACCACUCAAGAGUACGAGGUGGACUUGUGCCAUUUCUCCACGCUGGGCGGAGUGUACCACCUGGAUACCCUAGAGCUGCCCCCCCAGUGCAAACCAGUGAAGGGCUGGAUACUCGUAGAGAUACGCCAAGAAGGAUUACAGAGGUUUACAUAUCCUCCAGAAACCACAGAAGAACCUGAUCCAGAAAAUGCCUUUCCGCCCAUAGAGGUCACCCUGGAGGUCAAUGAGAACGUGAUCUUCUUUGAGGACCCCAAGGUCAUAAGGUGGGACGCUGAAGGUAAAUUCUGGAAGACGGAUGGCAUCAGCAGCGUCUUUUACGAUCGAGAAGACAGGCUCAUAACCUUCAGUUUGGACACUUUGGGCCCUGUGACCCUGAUUCAGGACGCCCAUAUCAACAUGCCCUACCAGUCCUGGGAACUGCGGCCCCUCGAUGUCAACAGGGCCAUCCUGACUGUGACUACGCUGUUCACUGAGCUCCAGAUACAAAUCAGGGAAAACCUCUGCAUGUUAGCGUCAACCAAAGUGAGAGGCCAGGAGCACGUGUCUCACUUAGAGGGAAAAUGGCUGACCCCCGUGCCCUUCAUUCUGGCCUUGAAGGCGGCAGGGCUGAAUAUCUUCCCCGAUGUAUAUUCCCACUUCUACGUGGUCAUCAACAAUAAGGUGCCCCUUCUGGAAGUGAAGGCCUACCGGCAAAUGGCCCUGCUGAGCUCCGCUUUCGCCUUCGGCUGGAGCAAGUGGAACAUGGUCUGCAAUUCCACACGCGUUGUGUUCAGGGUAAAGGAGGACCUGGAAGAGGGCGUGGAGAACCAGCCUUGGUCGCUCCUCAUGUUCAGUGGGGACAGAGCACAGAUGCUCAGGGUGUGGGAAGACAGUGACGUAUUCUCUGAGGCCCUCAAGGAAGACACCGAGUUUCACACCACCUUGUACCACAUGGUGAAGGACUUCGCCUCACCAGAGGCGAUGGAGAGGGUGAGGCGUUCGGACUGCCAGUUCAUCGACUCGGUGUGCCACAUGCUGCUGUCCAUCCGGGUCCUUAGCUACUCUUAGCCUUCACAGCCUGUGUGAGAGCUGGCGAGACCCUCAGGCCCUGCAGGAAUCAGGUGCCCCUCCAGGUGACUGAAGUCAGUGACCUCAGAGCACUCUAUUGUAGUCAAGCUGCAUGGAGAUUUGAACGGCUCUUUAUUACGGUACAUUUUAAUAAAGUACUACGUCUCUCUCAGAAA